CUAAUUUCACUAAAAUGGCGCUUGUCAAUAACCAGUCUGCUACUGGAGAUACAAACACAACGUUGUUUUGGGUUGUUACAGCAUGUGGUUUAAUAGGAUCGUUAGUUCCUACUUUAGUAAAAAUGUUAGUCCAGAUAGUUGUAAGGGAAAGUGAGAUGGAGAUGAACCUGAGACGACAGGUGUGCGAUUUGAAAGCCGAGUUGGGAGGUGUCAGCAUGGUCGAUGAAUUUGCCAAGUAUGCCAAAAUUCAAAGAAAGAUAAACAAAAUUACAGAAGAACUAUUACAUCAAGCACAAUUGAGAUCAACAUCAACCAUGAAUGUGGGAAUUUUGGCCACUGUUAUUUUUUAUGUGAUCUUGAGUGCCACGAUAGUGUACCUGCUUCUGAAUUACCGACACGUACCGGUCAUCAUCUUGCCCGAGGAAUGGUUGUACCCACUGGGCUCUAUACUGUCUCUUCCAUCAGGUGUUUCAGCUUUUCAUAACAUCCAGUGUAAAGAACUAAUCAAACACACCUUGAUGAAAUCACUCACUUUCUACGCAUAUACGCAAGGAACUAUAGUAGUAAUUAGUGAGAUUGAUUAA